AAAACAACCACCAGACCAAGCAACAUAAAAAAAAAAUUAAAAAAAAAUAAAAAUAAAAAAAACCCCCCCAAAACAUGUCUCCAUCAUCAACAGCACAGCAGACCUCAAGGCACUUUGCCACGUCGUCGCGCGUUCAUCCUUCAUACCUGCCCUACCUCCAGGCACCAAAACCACCAAAGGUCGCCAAGUGGAUUCCUCCAGCCGUCGCCAUUGCAGGAAUAGGCUACGGAGUCACCAAAUUCCAGCAGUCACGAUCCCUCCGCUCCGCCGCGCAAAAGGCAGACGAGGCAGACCGGAAGCGCCGCAACGACCUGAUGGCCGACGCCUACGGCGACAGGGGGAGCCUCGAGGCCCUCGAGGAGGCUUGUCGCGUCUACGAGGCUCAGCAGCAGAGUCGAUGAUGAUGAUCUCUAUUGUUUUUCAUCACCCAUUUUAUUUUUUUUCUUCUUUCUGCUUGUUACCAUUUUAUCAUUCAACGUUAUGUGAUCACGUGCCUGGCUUGCUUUCUUCUACUCUUGUCUUGUUGCUUAUUCCAUGCACAUAUAUUGGCGUUUUGGGGGAUUGGCAUCUUUGUGGACACUUUGUGGCGUACGGCGGCGUUGUUUCGGAUUUCUGGGAUUUUAUUUCUUCCGUUUAUAACCUGUAGGGGUAAAUGGAAACGGCAUUGCAUUGACAAGCCAAGGCGGGGCCAAUGGGAUGAGGCAUGAAGUUCGUUGGGGGAAUUCAGAAAAAUCUCACAACAUGAGGAUAUUGUUGUGAACGACAUAAACCAAAAAGUCGAUCAUUCCAGGAUAAAACAUAAAACACUACAGUAAAUCUCAAAUCGUAUCAUCUAUUUCGAUCGAUGCCUAUGGAUAUCUUGUACAACCCAACACCGUGAGCUGAUCCGUUGCAGCUAAGCCGUUGUCGAAACUAUUAGCAUGUGAUUGUGGCCAAUACCCCUAACCCUUUCCAGUCCAUCCCAUCACCCCUUGAAAACAAAACGCCACAGUCCGAAUAUCGAUCCCAACCCGCCUGAAAACAAAAACAAAAAAAAAAAAAAAAAAACUCCAAGAUCUUAUCCCAGCAUAAUACAAUACUCGUUAUCCCACUUGUCGCACUC